AUGGCCCGUCCGAAACUGACGCUUAAGAUUCACGUCUCGGGAAAUGCCUUCGAAAUAGGGGCGAGUUACACUGCGAGUAGGCGAACAGUACGGGAGUCAAGCAGCGACUACACCCUGUUGGUGAUGCCCAUACAAUCCUCCGCCAUCAUGAUGUGA